AUGACAUGGCGUCGGUUUUCGAGUCGUCCGCCGCCCCUACCGCCGCCGCCGGAGAAAAAAACCGCCGCGGCGCUUCCGGUCGCGACGCGAAACGGCGAGACGUUGUGCAAAGUCUGCGGUCUCCCGUACGUCCGAUUCCUCAUCGCGUUCCCGAUGGAGGCGAUCCGAAGUAAACUCACGGAAUGGCGCGACGACCGGAACAUGUAUCCCGAAACCGCCGCGGUCCUGCCCUUCGGUAGAGCCGUCGGCACCGCGAUUGCGUACGCCUACCUGGACGUGAAGAACAUCGUCUCGCACGACGAAAUCGGUCGACGGAAGUACGACGCCGCGCAGCUCCCGUGGGUCCUCCCCGACGGCGUCACGUUCCCGAACCUCGUGGAGGAGUUCAAACUGAUGAUGACGAACAACCUGACGAAGGUUGGGUGGAUGCGACGCGCGAUGCUGUGGAACAUCGUGUCGUUACGAGGCAAAGACGGCGGGUGGUCCCCCACCGACGCGCUCGCGGCGGUGUUGAAAGCCGCGGGUCCGCCGACCGCGUGCGCGUCCAUGCCCGCGACAGGCAGCGACGCGCCGACGCUGAAGACCCAUCACGACGCCGCGGUGUUGACACGCAGUGUCCCCGUCGAGCUCGCGAAAGCCGCGCGCGAUGUUGGUUGGAGUAGGGUUGAGAGGACGUGGUGCACGCUGCUCGUGUUGGCGGCAUGCGAAAUAUACGAGUUCGGAUGGGUCGUGAACCCGUGGGACGAAUCGUUCGAGCCGUACGACAUCGCGCAGCACGGGUGGACGUUCGUUCAGAAGAACCUCGCGGGGACGUCCCCGGAGAUGGCGGACGCGGUGUUGCGGGGGAGAAACGCGGCGAGAACCGCGGUCACAGCGUGGCGCGAGUCGCAUUCGGACGCGAUCGAAGGGUUACGCGAGCGGCGGACGGCGGAGGCGGCGGGGAAGAAAAAAGACGAAAAAACGCGGUCGAUCGUCGUCGUCGCCCUCGCGGCGAUUUGGUUCUGGCUCACGCGUCCGAUGCUCUUCGCGCGCGCGGCGUGGGCACUCGCGAAGUUCGCCGUCCACGCGUACUGCGAAGCGCACAUGUUUUUCAGGGCGUUUCUCGCGCCGGCGACAGCGCAAUUCACGGGCGCGCAACGCCUUGUCGUGCAGUCGUCUAUCUACAUCAUGGGACUGCUCAUCUGCGUGUGGAUGUACUCGAGCCGCGCGACGCAGUGUUGCGUCGCCGUGCGCGAAGCGCUCGGGUGCACGCCGAACGUCAUGGACGCGUGCGUGAACGUCGAGCCCGGGGAAGGGUGCGAAGUGCUGAUGCGCGCGACGAAACGGUUCCUCCCGCCGAAGUGGAAGUGUAACGCGUUCCCGGCGAGAGGAAACCUCCGGCACACGUUCGCGGUGAUCGGGAUUCAGGUGAUCAUGAUGUUCCCGGUGCGUUUCGUCCUGAGCUCGCUGUUCGCGGUGGGCGGCGGCGCCGUCUCCGUGCCGCACUACAAGGAAGCCGUGAUGAAGGCGGGGAUGAACACCGCGGAGGUUUUAGCCGCCUGGUGCGAAUCCUUUUACGAGUUCUUUGUCACAAACGCGGCCACGGGCGCGCGCGGGGGAAGCGAACGCGGGGGGACGUUCGCGGGCGCGGUGAAGCGCACGCUCAUGCUGUGCGGGUUGUACCAGAGCGCCAUCGCGACGGCGACCUCCUUGCGCGGAAAUGCGCCCAGAGAAAGAAAGUACCGCACCGUCGAGGAGAUAACGGGCGAGAUCGAGGCGCUCGCGCGAAGCGCCGACGUCGCGACGACGGACCGGGACGCACCUCUCGUGUGGCGGAACAGCGCUGCGUUUUCCGCGGCGAGGCCGACGGAUUUUCAAUUUUUCGACGGCUCGGAAUCGUUCGUGAAACCAUGGGAUCAUCUCAAGAUCGGCGGAGACGAUAGGAUCGCGUUCGGCGAGCACAUCAGUCAUCACGCUUCGAAGCCGUCUCAAGACGACACGUCGCGGUCGGAGGGAGAUGAAGCCCGUGAUGGUUUCCAAGACGACGUCGUCCUUCGCUGGAUCGUAUACCACGAGAAAGCCGCAGUGCAACGCGCGGCGCGUACGUUCUCGCAAGAUGAUAUGAGAUCGGAGCGCAGGAAAUACCUUCGAAGAGUUAAAACGAGCUCCUCGCGCGUGUUGAAGCUCGCGUGGUGCCUCCUCGCGCUGUACUGGCUCGUGUGCUGCUACCUCAUCAUCGUCUACGGCGUUUUGAUAUAUCGAUACAUGGGCGCCGGGGAAGAGGGUGCGUACAUCACGACGUGGGGGAUGACGUUUUUGCUCGUCAACUUUGGUCUCUUAUCGCUAGUGAUCGUCGGAAGGAAAGCGUUCUACAAGACGUUCUACAAUACCUGGCGAAAAAUGUUCACGCCGCAUUUCGAGCUGAACGCGUGGUACGAAGCGUACCUCGAACGCGUCGGCGGCGUUUUACUCGAGCGCAACGCGGACGGCUCGAAGGGCAGCGGCGGCGCCGCCGCAGCCGUCGUCGCGCCGAGCGGCGCGAGUGCGAAAGUCGCGCCGGAGCCGCUGGCGCCGCCGGCGCCGCAUCUCCCGUCGCCACGUACCGAUCAAGAGAACGACGACGAUCCGGAUCCGUGUACGCCGAUCGAUUCCACGGUGAAGACGCGCUGGAGCGCGGUGAUAUCCUCCGCGAGGGCGCAUGCGAACCGCGACGUCACGGUGGACGACCUCGCGACAGUUGCGCUCCGACAUCUCGCCGCAUCUCGGCCCCGACUGUCGCAUAUCACCGAGCGCAUGUGCAGAGCUAUCGAGGCCGCGGAGGUGCAGCACGCGAUGACGCGUGCGCCGAUUCAAGGAAUCGAGGAGAACAACACCGACGUCGACACUUCGACCAUCGUGGACGACGAAAUGCUCGAGAUGGUCGCGGAGGCCCACGGGGCGCUGGAGAGGAUGAAAAAUAUCGAGAGCGACUUCGAUGACGAUCGCGCGAGUGCGCGGGAAAAGCUGUUGAAGCGGCUGUCGUCGGAGCUCCUAGUUCGGGAUCGGGCCGAUAAGGACCGGACCGAUACAGACGGGACGGGAGAAGAUGUCCGUUCCGGGUCGAGGGAGGUGCGGACGGAAGCGGAGCGGAGCUUCGGGAAGCAAGAAGACGCGCCCGAGGCGGGAAGCUCCGGGAUCGUCUUCACGUUCCAGAACAAAGAGUGAGCGCGGAGAGGGGAACGAAGCGCGGCGGCGACCUCGCGAGGAAGAGACGCGCGCGGGAUGUACUGCAUGUCGCGCGAUGGUCUACUGUACUCUCGACGACGCGCGUCGCCGUGUCAAACGAACGGGUCAUCGAUCA